AGAAAACGAGAAGGAAAAUGGCGGGCACAAGAGCAGCAGUGAUGAAGCUGGCGGUCGUCCUCCUGGCCAUGAGCCAGCUCGUCCACAUGGCGACGCCAACGGCGGAUCCGACGACUGCAUCGUCUCUGCUGGUUACCAGCGUUUACCCUUCUGGGGGAGUCAUUUCUAAACCCAGCCCUGGCAUCAGGGCAGAGAAGGUGCUGCUGGAUGCGGCCAAGCCAAGCAUCCCUGUCCCUCCGCCUCCUCCCCACCUCAUCCUACCGUGCAAGGGAAGAACCUGCUAAGUGCUAACCUCACCUCAUGUGGAGCACCAAGUGAAGUGCAGCUGGAGCUCGAAGUGACGAAGGCAA